ACCGUUUCAGCUUUUAACAGAAAUACCAAAAUCGACGGUGCGGCCCACUAUCAGUAUGAUUUGUUGUUUUUUUUACAAAUAAACCUCAGCCCAGGAAAUGGCCACGAAGCUAAAUGUAAACAUCCGCACUUUGCUGGCCAACUGCGAGGACCUGGCCAAGAGCGAGCAGAACUUCUGGCGGCUGCAGAAGUUCAUCAAGUCCCUGGACACGAUGCUCGACGAACUGGAGGCCAUGGACGACCCGCAGAGUGCUCAGCGGAUACCGGGCUACUUGGAACGGUUGCAGGCCUUAAAGGCGGCCACAGGAUACACGGAGCCAGCCGGCGCAGUCCACACAAACUCCUCCUCCCAAAGGGAAUUUGGAGAAAAUGCGCUAAAGGAAGUCCGCCAGCUACAGAACACGAAACAUCACAAUGAAUUGCGGAAGGAACUACUACAGGAGGGCGAUGCCCUACGACGACGCCGGGCCCAAGAGGAGGGCUCAAGUCCCGCAAACACCAGCAUUCCCAACUCUUCCAACGACAUGACCGAAGCCGCCAAGUAUUACACGACCGCCCAGGAGAAGAUCACGGAGCACAUGCUGUCGCUGACGCGGAAUCUGAAGGAGCAGACCGAGACGGCGAAUCGCAUCAUCCGCAGGGACACGGAGGUGGUGUCUCGCUCUUCCGGGAUGGCCGAACGCAAUAUUAACUCGCUCUCUAAGGAGGCUGACAAGCUGGAGCAGCACUCGAAGAAGGCCUACAAAUGCUGGCUCUGGCUGAUGAUUGUCUUUGUAAUUGUCACGUUUAUAGGUAUGGUUCUCUUUAUGAAGAUUAUGAAAAAGAAGAAAACGUAGGAAGGCACUCCCUACUUCAAACCAAAAACUCAAGAUUAUAUUCCUAAGCAAGCUUUAUUGAGAUCGUUCUACUACCGAGUUCAAGAGGUUAUCCAGCCAGAGCCCCCAGAAAUCGAAACAGACCCCCAUAUAAACGAUCGAAAGCCGCCCAGCGAUUUAUUUAUGAAUAAUAGUUUAUGUACAAGCGAAAGCGAUUAAAUUGUGGUGUUGAGCA